AAGGAUCGAUGUUCCAGUAGCAUUCAUCCUCUCUCUCUCUCUCUCUCUCUCUCUCUCUCUCUCUCUCUCUCUCCCUCUCUCUCUGUAUAUAUCGAUCCCAAUGUAUAUGUUAUAUUACAUCGUACAUGGCUUUCCUCACAGCCACCGCCAUUUCUUGAGCUGAAAGCUUCACUCCAAAGCCAUAAUAACCAACCGGUGAGCCCCAUUCCACUCCUCAUCAUCAUCAUCAUUUCAAUCUUGAAAUCUCUCCCCAGAGAGAGAAAGAGAGAGAGAGAGUAGAAAAGAAGCAAAUGAUGGAUGUGGGGAGAAGGAGAGGCAAUGGCGUGGUGUCAGGUUCUGUUUGGGACAACAGAAUAAAACUUUAUGAUGGCAAAGGCGGCAUCAAAGCCCUCAUCAACACUUCCCAAACUGAACAAAGCCAGAAUUCCCCAGAAAUAAUGAAUCAAAUUCCUCUUCAAGAAGACAAGAAAUUGGCCAUGGCGACAAAACCCAGAAGCCCUACUGUUGUUGCGGCGAGUGGGAAGAGAAAAUCUUGGAAAUCUGAGAGCUUGGAGGGAAACCCAUUACAGAGUCCCAGAAAAAGAUCCGAGCUUUGCAAGAACAUUGAAGAUUUGAGCAAGAAGACAAGAUCUGUGGUGCAGAAACAGAAGGGGCCUGAGCUCAGAAAUGUGAAAUCAGAGUCCAGUAAGCUCUUGAAUGAUGACAAUGGCAAUGGGAAGUUGAGGACUUCCAAUUCCCUCCAGUUGGUGAAGGCAAAAUCUGCAUCCCCUAAGGAUCUUGAUGAUGGGAGGAGCAGCAGGAAGGAGCUGAAAUUCGAGGAAAAUAAGGAACAAGAAACAAAGAAUUGUGAGGGGGAAGUGAAACAAUUUGAAGAAAAUAAGGUUGUUUUGGAGGGAGAGAAUGAGAAUAAGCCAAAUGGGAUGAUUAGUAGAGCAAGAUCUGAAGAAGAGGAGGAGGAGGAGAUUGAGGUGUGUGAAGAAAAAGUCAUCACAAGCAAUAUGGAAUUGGCUCUGAUCAUAUCUCCACCUAAAGUGGAAGAAACUGAGAAUCUGAAUGAUCAAGAAGAUGAAGAAGAAGAAGAAUGUGGAAUUGAUGAGGCUGAAGAAGAAGAGGAUGAAAGUGAAACCAAGACAGAGAACAAGAGUGUUGUUGUUGUGAAAAAAAUGAGUGUAUCAGAACAGUAUAAGCCAAACAAGAUUGUGACAGAAGAGAAGAAAAAGAUUGUUCACAGCUAUGAUAGAUCUGUGCCCUUAUCCCCAAUUGUCAAGAAACAGCCUCCUCCCAUUAAUGGACAUGCCAGAUUUCACCCCACUCCUUCAAAACCCAAACAAGUUCCAGUUUCAGAGGACUCCCAAUCAUUUUCUAGGCCCCAGAGCAGAUUACAGAGCUUGGUUGAUCUGGUGAUGUGGAGAGAUGCAUCAAAGUCAGCAUUAGUGUUUGGGGUUGGAACAUUCCUAAUUAUCUCUUCUUCAUACACUCAAGACAUUAAAGUCAGCUUGGUGUCUGUGGUUUCCUAUAUGAGUCUGCUCUAUCUUGCUGUAAUUUUCCUCUUCAGAUCCCUCAUCCACAGGGGAGGCAGUGCUGUGGGUGAGAGAAGUGAGUAUGUAGUUGGAGAGGAGGAAGCAAUCUGGGUACUGAGAUUGAUACUUCCAUCUAUAAAUGAGUUUCUCUUGAAGAUCAGAGCCCUUUUCUCUGGAGAUCCUGCAACAACAAUGAAGAUGGCAGUUUUACUCUUUGUUUUGGCACAAUGUGGCAGCUCCAUAACCAUUUGGAAAAUGGCCAAAUUGGGCUUUUUUGGAGUAUUCAUAGUGCCAAAAGUCUGCUCCUCCUACUCCACUCAGUUAACUGCAUAUGGUAAAUUUUGGGUUAGAAGAUUCAGAGACGCAUGGGAAUCGUGCACUCAUAAAAAAGCCGUAGCGUUUGGCAUAUUUACACUCGUAUGGAAUCUAUCUACAUUCAUGGCAAGAAUUUGGGCAGCGUUCAUGUUGUAUGUGGCAUUUAGAUACUACCAAGAAUCAAUGGUGAGAGAAGGAUGGGAUGGUGAGAGCACAAAUGCAAAAGCAGAGGAAGUGGAAGCCAAGAUUGGGCAGAGACAAGUUGGAAGGAUGUCCACUUUUAUGGAUACUACAAAACAAAAGAGACCAUUUUAAUUACUAUAUUGUUAUGAGUUGGUCCAUAUUAUAAAUUUGUUAAAUUGUAAUCUGGUUUGUGUGUAUAUAAUUAAAGGAAUAAAUUGUUAGUCAUAUCAUAUGUUACACUUUUAUAUUUAAUAAUUGUAUUGGUUAGUAGUUGGUUAUUAGUCAA